CGCCUCUUUCUUUCUCUCUCUCUCUCUCUCUCUCUUUCUCUUUGUGAUCGAUAAAUCCGGUGACCACGCGACCAACUCCUCUCUCUCUCCUCCUACUGCUCCUCCCUCGCCGCCGCUGACCCUUCUCCGGCGACCUCCUUCCCCCCGGAGACACCCCUUGACCACCCUUCCCUUCUCUUCCCAGAAUGCCCGCACAGAAGCGGCCGCACCCCCAGGACGCCCCUGAUGCUUCCUCAUCCCCCCCUCCCCCUCCUCAUCCACCGACGCCGCCUCCCCUGCCGCAGCUCACCGGAGAGGAAGACCUUCCCCUCGGUGGCUCCGCCUCCUGUGGAUCAGCUCCCCGAGACUCCGCAGGUGAAGGAAGAGUCCGAUGCGGAUGAUGGCAGUGCGUCUUCUCCUAGCGAAGCUGGCAAUGAUGACAGAUUUAUAAUGGUGAAAUUAUCUGAAAUACGCAAAGAAGUGCAAUGCCCUAUAUGCUUAGGGAUAAUCCGGAAGACAAGGACAGUUAUGGAGUGCUUGCAUCGCUUUUGCAGGGAAUGCAUCGACAAAUCUAUGCGUCUUGGGAACAAUGAGUGUCCAGCUUGCCGCACUCAUUGUGCAAGCCGGCGCUCUUUGAGGGAUGACCCAAACUAUGAUUCCCUUAUUUCAGCUUUAUACCCAGAUAUUGAUAAGUAUGAGGAGGAGGAAUUAGCUUUCCAUGAUGAGGAAAAGACUCGCAAUAAGAAGAUUCAAGCAUCAAUAGCUGAAACUUUUCGGCGGCAAACGGAAGCACUUGGGCGGAAACGUUCUACAGCUAAAGCCACUGCUGUAGCUUUUGUAAGAAGAUCAAAUUACCGGAAUGCUCAUGGGCAAAGCAAUUAUUUGCGUGGCAGAAGUAGAACUGGUGGGCGUGACACUUCACUAGUAUGUUCUGAUGAUGAGGAGGAGGAAGAUGUGAAUGGUAAUGAUGGUUGCAAAGAUUCAUCAUCUGCUGAUGAGCGCUCUCCAGAUGUGAGGCCUAAGAGAUGCAAGAGAUGGAGUGGACCUCGGUCUUCACCAGCGAGAACAUCAGCCAAUGCUGAUAUUGGCUCAGAGGAAAAUGAUGAUCUAGAAGUGAGCAGGGAAACAAUGGGCACAUCACCAUUGAUAGCAGGGAAUGGGGAAAUGCUUGCAUGGGGCAAGAAUGGUGCACGGAGCCAAACACGACAUGGCAAUGCAAGCGGGUCCACUGGUCGGUUUAUCAAAGGUGGGCGAAUGAGUAAGAUGGUGGAGUUCCUUCGCAAUUUAGAUGAAAAAGAUGCCGAGUUUGAUUUGCAUGUGACCCUGCUUCCUUUGGAUGAAACCCUUGGGCCUCAGCUGGAACAACCUUACCUUUGCUGCAGACCCACCUUGUCUGUUAGACACCUUAGUCAAUUCAUCGCUCUUCAAUUAUCAGUGCAGGCAGAACAAGUUGACAUUUUCAUAAAAAAGCCUCAUGAUUGUGCAUCUGGUAUAAAUUCAUCAAAUUUUGAAGAUAAACUGCAGUCCAAUCCUUCAGAAGACAAUCAAAUAUUAUCAGCAGAUGAAUCUCUUGCUGGGUUGCAUGCUUCUUUCAGUUUCCAGCAAGGUGAUCUGGUACUGGUUUACAGAUUGAAGUUGCCAAACCAACCAACUGCAUGAAUUCUCUUCAUUUCCCUUCCUUGAGAAAACAACAUUUAACAGCAAUCUGCAGUUUAUGUUCAGGAAAUAUGUAUAUACGAAAAUUGUAUACAUAUGAAUAGAAGGUCGGAAGUUCAAGUGGUUUCAGUCCCUGACAUCAUUAUGUGCACAUUAGUUGUGAAACAGUCAUUAAGAUGUAAUUGGUAGAAAAGAUGCAUUAGGGAAUGACUUGAAGAUUCAAGUGUGAAGUAUGCUGCCAAUUUUCUUCUCAAUAUGAAGAAGAUUCAAGGGUGAAGUAUGCUGCACUGUGUUUCUCUUGUGAUUAGUUGAUGUUUUGCAUGAUAAUCUAAAUUGACUGUGGCCCUGACCUGUCUUUUGACAUAUACUAGUAUUCUGAAUUGAGUCUGGACAUUUCAUCAAA